CUCAAAUGGGGCCUUUUCCUGGUCCCUCUGACCACAUUCUGUCUCGGCACAUGGCAGCCCCAUGGAAUUGAAGGAAUUGGAGUACAGACCUGUAAAGGUCCGAGGGCAUUUUGAUCACUCCAAGGAGCUGUAUAUUUUGCCACGGUCACUUGUGGACCCUGAGCGAGAAGCCAGAGAAGCCGGGCGACUGACAUCCCACCCGGAAAAUGGAGCAAACGUCAUUACUCCUUUCUACUGCACAGAACUAGGGGUCACAAUUUUAGUCAACCGAGGAUUUGUGCCCAAAAAGAAAAUGAAACCGGAGACCAGGCUGAAGGGACAGAUUGAAGGUGAAAUUGAUCUCACUGGGGUGGUGAGGUUAUCAGAAACCCGGAAACCUUUUGUGCCUGAAAAUAACAUUGAGAAAAACCGCUGGCACUACCGUGACCUGGAGGCUAUGGCAAAGGUGACCGGCGCUGAGCCCAUCUUUAUCGAUGCAGAUUUCAGAAGCACAGUCCCAGGGGGGCCCAUCGGAGGCCAGACAAGAGUGAGCCUGAGAAACGAGCACAUGCAGUACAUCAUCACCUGGUAUGGCUUAUGCGCUGCAACUUCAUUCUUGUGGUACAGAAAAUUUAUACAAAAGAUACCUCUGUGAAAGGAAGGGCUAGUUUCUUCUCUUCUGUACUACAGACUGCUGUCUUUUUUAUAAAAGUCUGCUCUUGACUGAUCGGUCCUGAAUAACUGAAGCACCCAGAGUUUCAGGGCAACAUGUUCAGUAAAUAUAUGCAGCUAUGAAGCUGCAAAUGGACUUCAGGCAACUGAUGCAGACUCUUGAGCUCCUAGCAGUGUGAUUCUGGCUGCAGCUUGGAAGCACUGAACUUCAAAAUUCUUAAGUGGCUGUUGAGACUAUUGCAUAGAAAUCAGCUUCAACUAGAAAUCUCAAGGAUACACUUUUCUAGUGUGGCUGAUUUCAAGUUUUUAACUUCUCCGCUGCUGUAUUUUCCAAAA